CAAAGUUUAGUCGAAUACCAAUCUUCAGAUCAAUAUGACAACUACAAACUUUACUGGGGAUGGACAGCAGAAAACAGUGGAACAAGUAUUUUGUUCAUCAAAUUUAACUGCUGGACUACACGGCCAAUUGACAUUUCUUUCAAUUUUAAACUCUUUUCUGUCUGUUACUGCAUUUCUUGGGAAUGUUCUGAUCCUAACUGCUCUUCGCAAGGAGUCCUCCCUUCACCCGCCGUCCAAACUCUUGCUUCGCAGCCUUGCAACAACUGAUCUCUGUGUUGGUCUUACUGCAGAGCCUCUCACUGUAAGCUAUUGGAUGUCUGCAGUGAAUGAACAUUGGGAUAUUUGUCGCUUCGUAUUACACGCAAGUCUGUUCACGGAGUCUAUUUUGUGUGGGGUGUCUCUGUGGACACUGACUGCAAUAAGCGUGGACAGACUUCUCGCCAUGUUGUUGGGUAUAACAUAUAGACAAGUUGUAACUUUAAAGCGAACCUACGUGAUCGUAAUUACCAUUUGGGUUGUGUCCAUCGUCUUACCAGCACUGCAAUAUUGGAAUCCCGUUGUCAUCUUAUGGUACUGGAUUAUAGUUAUACCACUGUGUCUAUUAACAUCGAUCUUCUCUUACUCAAAGUUAUUCCUGGCCCUCCGUCAUCAUCAAAACCAAGUACAGGGCCAUGAACGACCGAACCAAACAAAUCAACUGAACACAGCGCGAUACAAAAAGGCAUUAUCCAGUGCAAUAUGGCUGCAACUGACGCUGAUCGCUUGUUAUCAACCCUAUGGCGUAAUUGUGGCUUUGUUGACUAACAGUGCACUAUCCUCAACUGUUUAUCACGCUUGGAUUUAUACACACACCUUAGUUUACCUAAACUCCACCUUAAACCCGAUUCUUUACUGUUGGAAGAUAGAUGAAGUCAGACAAGCAGUGAAAGACACAAUCAGACAAAUGCUUUCCUAUGGUUUUUCGACCUAGA